GGUCACCGUCCGCCCCGCCCCGGAAGGCGCCGAGCGGCCGGUCCCCGCCGCGAUGCUGCAGCUCCGGGACGCGGAGGAGGGCGGCCCGGCCGGCAGCCCCGGCAGCCCCGCGGCGGCGGCGAUGCUGGUGCCGGGGGAGGCCGAGCCGCCCGCCCCGCCCGCCGCCGCCUCCCCCGAGCCGCCCCGGCAGCAGCUGCGGCCGCUGAGCGUGCGCACCGCCAACCGCGCCGGCCGCCUCCGCGAGUACUUCGUGUUCCGGCCCGGCACCAUCGAGCAGGCGGUGAACGAGAUCCGCGCCGUGGUGCUGCCCGCCGAGGACGGGGGGGUGCAGAGCGUCUGGCUGCUCACCGAAAUCGAUCACUGGAACAACGAGAAGGAGCGUCUGGUCCUCAUCACGGACCGGUCCCUCCUCAUCUGCAAGUACAACUUCCUGAGCCUGCAGUGCCAGCACGUCACCCGCAUCGCGCUCGCCGCCGUGGACACCGUCUCGGUCGGCGAGUUCGAGUUCCCACCAAAAUCUCUGAACAAGCGAGAAGGUUUUGGAAUUCGAAUUCAGUGGGACAAGCAAAGUCGCGCCUCCUUCAUCAACAGAUGGAACCCCUGGUCCACAAACAUCCCGUACGUCACCUUCACCGAACACCCCAUGGCGGAUGCCGACGAGAAGAUCGCGUCCCUCUGCCUGCUGGAGAACUUUAAAACGCAGCUCAUCCAGGCGGUGAAGAAAGCCCACAAGGAGCGCGCGGCGCCCGGGAGGGCCAGCGGCGUGCUGGUGCUGGAGCGGCCGCUGCUCAUCGAGACCUACGUGGGACUGAUGUCCUUCAUCAACAACGAGGCCAAGCUCGGCUACUCCAUGACAAGAGGCAAAAUUGGAUUUUAAAUUCAUUGCGUCUCGUUUUUUCAGGGGAGGGGGAUCUGAUGGGGCCCUUCUGGGGAGGGGACGCUGUGCGGCAGAGGGUGCUGUGAUCCAAGGGGAGGAGGCGGGAGCGCGGGGGGGUGCAGAACCACCGGUUCCGGGUGUUCUGGGAAAGCACAGCGCCCAGUCAGCUGAGCACACCAGCUGGUGUCAUUCCUGUAACCUGUAUCUCAUUUACAGUUCUUAACAGGGCUAGAGAGCAGCGCUGUUUUCCAUUUCUAACUACAUGUUCUUCCCCGUUAAUUAAGUGCGAUUGGUAUCUGCUACAAACACGCCGCACAGGUACCCGCGAUGCAGCGGGACGUCCAUGCCGUAUUGCCGCUGGUGUCAAAUCGCGUAGUGUGCUCGGGACUGAUCCGUAUUGAUUAAAGAGGUGUUAGUGUUCACAAUUAGUGUAAUCUUAGCAUUCUCAUUAAUGCCUGUUAUGAAUUUUGGAAGCUGUGUCAGUCAUUCUUUAGCAAAAGGGCGGCAGACACCGCGCUGUUACGGCUGCUCGGAGCAGCGCAGUGAACCAACGCUUUGUGAGCUCAACUACAUGGCUGAAUAUGCAUUUAUCAGCUUUUUGUGAAACACCUCCCUCUAAGAACUAACUUCCUAGUUUCUUACAUAUGUUUUCUUGCUGCAGCCAUAGAAUGAAGAUUCUUUUGAGAGAAUAGUGCCAAAGUCCUGACAAACAUUUGCCUUCAAAGCUAUUAUUUAUAAAACCGAAAAGGAUUUCUAUUUUGAUUAGAUUUUUAUUCUUCGCCAUUUUUCUUAAAUCUACUCUAGUUUGGGAGAGCAGUGCAGGACUUUAAUGGCACCAGGUAAAGCUUUAAACGCUGUACAAUCCUGAUUUAUCCCUUCUUGCACCGAAGUCCCGUCAUGAAAUUCAGAAGCAGCAAAGAGAGACAACUGCCAGUGCUGACGAGGUUACUCUAACAAGCUUUUCCGUUGUGUACGACCUUCUGUCCGUGCCGUCGUAGAGCGUCUGUCUGCGCAGACGCGGUGCUGAAUAGCUGCUGUGCUGCGGUGGUGUUCUUCCGAACUGAAAGUCCAUCUGUGCUUAUGGAACUUACAUAAAGCUGAAGCCACGCUGGAAUGCAACAAGUUGCAUGUCCUUAAUGCGUUCCUAAAACAUCUUUUUGUUAAUCUUGCAGUAAAGUUAAAUUUCAACUCAAA